AUGUCACGCACCUACGACAGACAUAUGCAGGACAUAGUAAAUUAUAUCUUCCAUUACAAAAUCGACGACCAAAAAGCCUAUAGAAGCGCACGGAGUGCAUUGUUAGACGCCAUAGGCUGCGCCAUCGAGACAGCAUCAAAAAGCAAUGAGUGUGAGAGCCUUCUGGGCCCAGUAAUACGGGGAACGACCGUCCCAAACGGCUUCAAAGUCCCAGGGACAAACCAUCAAUUGGACCCCGUCAAGGGAGCUUUCGACCUGGGAGUGUUGAUCCGGUACCUGGACCACAAUGAUGCACUGGGCGGCGCAGAAUGGGGACAUCCAUCUGGUAGAUCCCACUUCCUUGUCGCGCCCCUCGCAAAUUGUCUAACCACCAUCACAGACAACCUGGCUGCCAUUCUAGCUGUCGCGGACUGGCUGAGUCGCGAAUCCAUUGCGGGAGACUACACUCACAUUGGCCCGCCGCUGACAAUGCGGACCCUGCUGACGGCGCUGAUCAAGGCAUACGAGAUACAGGGAUGCUAUCAGAUGAGGAAUGCCUUCAACAAGUUCGGCAUCGACCACGUAAUCCUCGUCAAGUUGGCAUCUGCGGCGGUGGUCUCCUGGUUGCUUGGAUUGACUGAAGAGCAAACCAUGGCUACAAUCUCCCACGUCUGGAUGGACGGUCAUCCGAGUCGAGUCUAUCGUUCCGGGACAAAUACGAUCCCGCGAAAGGGGUGGGCAGGUGGUGACGCUUCCAUGCGCGCAGUGCACCUGGCACUGCUCGUCCGUGCGGGACAGCCCGGAGCGCCUAGGGCCCUCAGUGCAUCCCCUUGGGGAUUUCUUCAGCGAACGUUCGGCGAUAAGGGGUUUGAGUUACCCAGACCAUUUGGGACAUGGACAAUCCAACAUGUGCUGUUCAAGGUCAUGCCAGUAGAGGGCCACGGUAUUUCAGCAGUUGAGGCGGCUCUGGUACAGCGGCAGCAACUUCAGCAUGCUGGGACCUUUAUAUAA